AUGCUUGAUGAGUUUUCACGGCAGGUGGAACGGAAGACUGGUAUAGACUGGGGUCCAGUUGCAUGGCGUAUUAACUGCCUUGCACAUGUCAUCAAUCUGGCAACGCAAGCCCUCAUCUCCACUUACAGCUCGGUACCUCAUUAUAAUCUUCAUGACCCAAGUACGGUUGAGGAUUCAGUUUCGUCUUUGCGAGAUGAGAUCGGACUGAUUCGCGCGAUAGCAGUAAAGGAACGCUCCUCUGCUAUCAGAAAGGAGCUGUUCCUCGACAUUCAGUGGCGCAUGGCUGUUUCACGGCCACUCCAGCUCAUUCUAGAUAUGAAAGUGCGAUGGUCAUCCACCUACAUGAUGCUGCAUCGGGCAGAAGCUUGUAAAGAGCACAUUGAUGUCUUCAUAUACGAGAUUGGUAUCAAGGAGACAAACCUCAACAAGCGGCGCAAGAUCGAUAGUCUUAAGCUUUCAUCUUUUGAGUGGCAAAAUGCGUCGCUCUUUCUUGGACUUCUUGGGUACAUGCGAUUUGCCCCUGCUCUGGAGGCUGCUGCUGCAAAGGUAGACGAAUACUACAAUCGCACAGAUACUUCAGAUGCAUACAUUGUCACCAUGUACCUGACCCCAGACCAGAAGGGGGUGCAUUUCAAGAAGCACUGGUCCGCAGACUUGCGCCUGCAAGCGGAGCAAUCCAUGGAGAGGGUGUUUGCAGAACGGUGGAACAAGCUGCACCGCUCCAGUUCAUCUACUGCCUCCGCUUCUGCCCCCAGACUGUCUAGAAAGGUAUCUACCCUCCUUAGAGAGCUUUCAGACGACGAGGACGAGGCUUCAGCUAUAAAAAACCCAUCAGCAGAGCAUGGUGGCUCUUUGUCCGAUCAGGAUAAGCCUUACUGGCAGGAGUACCACAGCUAUCUCAUCAGCAAAGAGGUCGUGCCACUAGGCAUGUCUACUGUGACAUGGUGGGGUCUGAACGCAGCUCGAUCCCCCACUUGGGCGUCGCUUGCUCGCGAUUUCCUUCCUAUCAUGGCCAGCUCUGUCUCUAGUGAGAGAGCCUUUUCCCAGACAGGUAUCACCAUCAGCCCAAGGCGCAACCGGUUAAAAGCAGAUGUCGUCGAGGCACUUCAAUUUAUGAAGUGCCUCCUCAAGCACGAUCUCAUAUUCCGGGAGCCUGGGCCGUCUUCCUUGGUGGAGGAGGAUGAAUUGGCCCAGGAUCUUGCUGAGAUGACCUUGAAUGCGCAGGAGGCUUCUGUUCUGGGACCUUGGGACCUUGGCCUUCUAGACGACGAUGAUAUGGACUUAUAUGAGUAG